AUGGAGUGUACCGGUAAGCGUGCGCAAUGGCUUCAUAAAGUUCGGUCGUCGGAGACUUUUAUCGUCAUUGUGGUUUCCAUUGCGAUUUUCACGAUUGUGCCCAUUGUCCCCAUUGCUUUGGUGGAUCGUGCUGGAGCGAGACCUGAAGAUGCACAAAAAUGGGUAUCGGUCUUACUAGCCGUAUACGGUGCUUCCCUUCUCGUCGGGUCGCCAUUAUUUGGGUGGUUCGCCGAUCACAGUCGGGCACGCCAACUCCCGUUCAUUGUCGGGCUCGUCGCCCUGGGUGCCUCUACGCUGCUCUUCGUGGUGGGUCGCUCGUUGCCCGCUCUCAUCGUUGCAAGAGGAUUGCAAGGAUUCUCGGCAGCGGCGGUCUGGGUUGUUGGUCUGGCCAUCGUGGCCGACAACGUCCCCGAGGACCGAGUCGCCGAGGCCAUGGGCCAAACCACGAUUGCGUUGACCUGGGGUGCACUGCUUGGCCCCACGAUUGGGGGGAUCAUGUUUGAAAAGUUUGGGUAUUAUGCGACUUUUGCUGUGCCGGCGGGCUUGAUCUUGGUGGAUGUGGCGUUGCGGUUUGCCAUGUUGGAACGUCCAGGCGGAUCCAAUGAUCAAGCCGGAAAGAAAAUCACAGACGAUGGGAAUGAGUCCGCCUGUUACGGGACCUUUUCUUCUCCGGAGCCAGGGCAGUCAGAAUGCGAAUCCUCCGACGAGGAGUCGCUCACGGAGCGAAGACCUCUGUUCCGAUAUUCCAAUCCCAGCAUCGAAGCGCCUCGCUUCCACCGGGAAAGACAAGCGACUAUCUUCGAUCUUCUUACCUCGUCACGUCUCCCUCUUGCUAUUCUAGCUGCGGUCAUGACAUCGAUCUUAUUCUCGGCACUCGAAACUGGCCAGUCGCUUAUAUUACCUGCACAGACCCUCCCACUCUUUGUUAUGAAAACAUUCAACUGGUCCUCCAGCGGGGCCGGCCUCAUUUUCGUCGUCGGUGCCCUGCCCAGUGCCGGCGGAGUCUACAUUGGCAAGGCCAUCAACCGCACCGGCGCCCGCAUCCCCUAUAUCUUUUGCUUCCUCCUCGCUGCCGUCUGCUGGAUCUGCCUGCGCUUCGUCGAGCGCAAGCGGAUCUUUGAGAUUGUCCUGCUCGUCAUCCUCCUCUUCCUGCAGGGCUUUUGUAUCGCGGCCAUUGAAAUCACCGCUACAACCGAGGUCUCUCAGGCGGCCAGCAAAUUUGAAGCGCGGUAUCCGGGCGCCUUUGGCGACACCAGCCCCGUGGGCCAGAGCUACGGGCUGUUCAAUAUGGCCUUUGCGGGGGGUCAGUUGAUCGGGCCUGUUCUGGCGGGUGGGAUCCGAGUGUCGGCGGGUUGGAAGAUGAUGACGCUUGUUUUGGGGCUGUUGUGUGUUGUGGCGGCGGUGGUGUUGGGGUCUUUUAGUGCGCCGGGCGUGACGGAGGGAGGAGAAGAGGAGGAGGAGGAAGAAGAAGGAGAUGAAGAAGAGGCGUAG